GGUGACCGCGAGACAAAGAGCGCGCGGGACUGCCUUGGUCCGAGCGGCCCCUUUAAGAAGCGCGCCCCCAGCUUCUAGCCCGCCUUGUAUGCAAAUUUGGCGGCGAGGCGGGAGCGCGCAGCUGAUACCAGGGGACUGGGCUGCGGCGGUUAGUCCUCUCCCGGCCGCCGUCGCCUCCGACAUAUUGCCCGCUGGAGCUGCGGCGGCGAAGCGGAGAGCGCCGGGGGGAGGAGAUGGGAGGACGAAGAGGUCCCAACAGGACAUCCUACUGUCGAAAUCCACUCUGUGAGCCAGGAUCCUCUGGGGGCUCAGGUGGGGGCCACACUUCCAGCGCAUCAGUCACCAGUGUCCGUUCCCGCACCAGGAGCAGUUCUGGGACGGGCCUCUCCAGCCCCCCACUGGCCACCCAGACGGUCGUGCCCCUGCAGCACUGCAAGAUCCCCGAGCUGCCAGUCCAGGCCAGCAUUCUGUUUGAGUUGCAGCUCUUCUUCUGCCAGCUCAUAGCCCUCUUCGUCCACUACAUCAACAUCUACAAGACAGUGUGGUGGUAUCCGCCCUCCCACCCGCCCUCCCACACCUCCCUGAAUUUCCACCUGAUCGACUUCAACUUGCUGAUGGUGACCACCAUUGUUCUGGGCCGCCGCUUCAUUGGGUCCAUCGUGAAGGAGGCUUCUCAGAGGGGGAAGGUCUCCCUCUUUCGCUCCAUCAUGCUGUUCCUCACCCGCUUCACCGUUCUCACGGCAACAGGCUGGAGUCUGUGCCGCUCCCUCAUCCACCUCUUCAGGACCUACUCCUUCCUGAACCUCCUGUUCCUCUGCUAUCCGUUUGGGAUGUACAUUCCGUUCCUGCAGCUGAACUGUGACCUCCGCAAGACAAACCUCUUCAGCCACAUGGCCUCCAUGGGUCCCCGGGAGGCGGUCAGUGGCCUGGCACGGAGCCGGGACUACCUGCUGACACUGCGGGAGACGUGGAAGCAGCACACGCGGCAGCUGUACGGCCCGGACGCCAUGCCCACCCACGCCUGCUGCCUGUCGCCCAGCCUCAUCCGCAGUGAGGUGGAGUUCCUCAAGAUGGACUUCAACUGGCGCAUGAAGGAGGUGCUGGUCAGCUCCAUGCUGAGCGCCUAUUACGUGGCCUUUGUGCCUGUUUGGUUCGUGAAGAACACACAUUACUAUGACAAGCGCUGGUCCUGCGAGCUCUUCCUGCUGGUGUCCAUCAGCACCUCGGUGAUCCUCAUGCAGCACCUGCUGCCUGCCAGCUACUGCGACCUGCUGCAUAAGGCCGCUGCCCACCUGGGCUGCUGGCAGAAGGUGGACCCAGCACUGUGCUCCAAUGUACUGCAGCACCCGUGGACUGAAGAAUGCAUGUGGCCACAGGGCGUGCUGGUGAAGCACAGCAAGAACGUCUACAAAGCAGUGGGCCACUACAACGUGGCCAUCCCCUCCGACGUCUCCCACUUCCGCUUCCACUUCUUUUUCAGCAAACCCCUGCGGAUCCUCAACAUCCUUUUGCUGCUGGAGGGCGCUGUCAUCGUCUACCAGCUGUACUCCUUAAUGUCCUCUGAUAAGUGGCACCAGACCAUCUCACUGGCACUCAUCCUCUUCAGCAACUACUACGCCUUCUUCAAGCUGCUGCGAGACCGCCUGGUAUUGGGCAAGGCCUACUCGUACUCGGUCAACCCCCAGAGGGACCUAGACCACCGGUUCUCCUGAGCCCCAGGGCGACCCAGGGACAGCAUCCAGGCUUCAGCCAGGGGCUCCCUGGGAAUCGGCUGUUGGGGAGGGAUGGGUGGGGGGC